AUGGAUUUCUCUCCUCGGCCAACUGCCAGCACUCAUGAUGGUGAUAUCACAGAGAGUGGUGACUCUACAGUUCCUUCUACUCCCGAAGGUAGCUUGACGUUUGAUCCUUCCCUAAACGCGUCACCUAAUGCCCAGCCAUUUUCUGUACGCAAUAUUUGCUGUGUCGGCGCUGGCUAUGUCGGCGGUCCAACCGCGGCUGUAAUUGCAUACCAGAAUCCACACAUUCGCGUUACAGUCGUAGAUAGGGACGAGAAACGCAUUCAACGCUGGAAUUCCAAGCAUCUGCCGAUUUAUGAGCCGGGUCUUGGACAUGUUGUCCGGAUCGCUCGAGAUGGGUCGAGAGAAGUUUCAUUUGUUAAUGCACCUCUCAUGAACCCUUCCGGAGGUUUAUCAUCAAACAACGUGCAUACUAUCCCAGCUCGCACGCCGAAUCUCUUUUUUUCUACAAAUAUUGCCCAAUGCAUUAGCGAGGCCGAUAUGGUGUUUGUCGCUGUUAACACUCCGACUAAAACCAAGGGUAUUGGUGCUGGCAGUGCUACGGACAUGACCGCUUUUGAGGCAGUCAUCAGCAUAGUUGCACAACACGCCCGGCCUGGAACAAUUAUCGUGGAAAAGUCAACCGUACCGUGCAAAACUGCGCAGCUCGUGAAGGAUACGAUAUCAAUCCACCGUCCAGGUGUCUAUUUUGAGAUCCUAUCAAAUCCGGAAUUUCUGGCAGCCGGUACAGCUAUGGCUGAUCUCCUCAACCCCGACCGUAUUUUAAUUGGAAGUUCGGUCACAAUCUCGGGUCAACAAGCAUCUAAAGCACUCGCCGAUGUCUAUGCCACUUGGGUACCUAGACAACGAAUCAUUACAACCAAUAUUUGGUCUUCAGAACUAGCUAAGCUAGUUGCGAAUUCCAUGUUGGCCCAAAGGAUUAGCUCUAUCAAUUCUAUUUCUGCAAUCUGCGAAAAGACUGGCGCAGAUAUAACCGAAAUCGCGGCGUCCAUCGGCUGUGAUCCACGGAUUGGUAGCAAGUUCCUAAAGGCUGGAAUCGGAUUUGGUGGCAGUUGUUUCAAAAAGGAUAUUUUCAGCCUAAUAUAUUUGGCUGAGUCUCUCGGACUUGAAGAGGUCGGUGACUACUGGCGUCAAGUUGUUACAAUGAACGAAUACCAACUUGGCCGCUUCAGUAAGCGUGUUAUUAAGACACUUAAUAACACCUUGAUUGGAAAAAAGGUUACCGUUCUCGGUUAUGCGUUCAAAGCAGAUACGUCCGAUACACGGGAGUCUCCGGCUUUGGAAAUCAUCGAAACGCUACUACAAGAAGGCCCGAAAGAAAUCGCAAUCUUCGAUCCUUGUUGCAAUCCGGCCGUUGUCCGAAAUGAAAUCAAGAUGCUGCUUCAAGGACAAUUGAAGGCCGAUGGCGGCCCUAUAGUAGUGUACGACAACCCGUACCAGGCAUGCGCGGCGUCUCACGCGGUUCUUAUUACAACUGAAUUUGAGGAGUUCCGCAUGGAUACAUCGAAGCCCCCAUCCUUGGGGCGACCUCGCGCUGGGUCUGUUGACCCGAGGCCAUUUGAUCUGCAGGGCCCUCCAUCUCAGUCUCAAGUCCUAGCUCUUCAUCAGUAUCUGCUUGAAUCGAGUACAUGUCUAGCUGGAUCUGAUCCAUUACAGCUGUAUGUUCAUGGGCCCUCAUGUACAGACGACUGCCCUGACUGUUGUCCUGGCCAGGGUCACGAUUCAACGGGCUACAGCCUAUCGGAACACAAAGCCCGAGAAAGGUUGGAUUGGAGCAAGAUUGCAGAACAUCUCCAGAAGCCGAAAUGGAUAUUCGAUGGCCGAGGUGUUACCAAUAUCAAUACACUCAACAAGUUAGGAGUUAAUGUUGAGAGUGUUGGUCGACAGGGAAGCAUGAAGUUCUAA